ACCGCUGUGGAAAUGACGUCGUUUAUUUUCUGUAGCCUUGCGCGGCAAGUGCACAAAUAUCCGUGACAGAAGCUCGUUGAACGUUGGCGUGAGGUUUGUAAGUGCGAUGAGACGUUUUCUAAUGUCUGCUUGUCUAAAGCUGAAACUUAGCGCAGCGGCACUGUCCGAUUUCAACUGUAUAAACGUUAUAAUUAACUCUAUAACAGUGUUAAAGUGGCAACACUUUAAAACGUUACAUUGACACUGUGGAGUGUGGACCCCAUGGGACACUUUGAGUAUUUUAAAAUUAACUCCAAUAGUGUUCAUUUGAGUGUGUCCAUUUCGCUGUGUAGGUAAUGUACGAGAGUGAAAGGGGAACUCCUUCCCUUGGUGUAAAGAACCAAAAUGUAUUUUUGAAUGAAUAAAACUGACAUUUUAAAGACACCCAAGGUUGACUAACAUAUUUAAAGCAAAUAAACCUAAGAAUCAUUUAAUCAUCAAGUGUGACUAGGCAGUGAAAUCAUAAAAUGCCUGCUGAUGGAACUUUAAAACCAAAUUGUCUUUACAAAAGGAAAUCAUUUGUCACACUUACUUAACCGGUAACUGUCUGUCCAAUUAUUAAGCUAGCCCUCCCACUCUACGGUUGUGUGGUCAUGAUUUAUCAACAAAAACCCUGACUAAGCUGAAAUGGCUGACUAAUAUAAUGCACAGAUAAGGCACUAAAAACACAGAUCACAAACGUGGUUGAACGCUGUCAAAUCAAAAGUGAGCAUAUUCUGGGAUUAUCCUUUUGGUGAAUAUUCAUCUGCCGUCUGCCGUCCAUAAGGUUGCCCUUCGUUGUCUCAGCAGUGGAGCCACACUGCAAGGACCGUCUCCCCCUCAAGAGGAAAACUACAACCGAUUCCAUUUGAUAACACUUCACACUGAGAGGAUUAAUUCUUCAUGAAGACAGACGUUUCUUCCUGUGACUAAAGGAACCUUUUUUUAUUAUUAUUAUUUAGCUGAAUGAUUUCCAUUGCAACCUCUGAACUGGAUAAACAGAUCAGGGACGCGGGAAUAAAAGACUGAAUAUUAUUUUUUCCUUCUCUUUAAACCUACGCUGAACUUGCAUGGUUCAUCUUAGGGUUUCAGAAGGCUCUGUAUUUUGUAAAAUAAUCCUUUCCACAAAAUAUAACUUUUUUUCUAGUACAGCUGAAACACACGCGAGUUGAAGCCAUGAAAGAGAGGAGGCGAACGGACUACUACGUGCACAGGGACGUCCUGGACGAAGGGGCAGUGGAUGAGAUUGCAAAAAAGUCUGACUCAAAGCCAUCUAUGUCUGAGAAGUUUAAAAAGUCAAUGAGGUGUUCUGGUCCCAGGUUGAAGAGUUGCCUGCUGGGGAGAGUCCCCGUUGUGUCAUGGCUGCCUCGCUACUCGCUCAGAGACAACGCCCUGGGAGACCUGAUCUCUGGAAUCAGUGUGGGGAUCAUGCAGCUUCCGCAGGGUAUGGCCUAUGCCCUGCUCGCCUCUGUCCCUGCAGUCUUUGGACUUUACUCCUCCUUUUAUCCAGUCCUCGUCUACUUCAUCUUUGGCACUUCAAAGCACAUUUCCAUUGGAACGUUUGCGGUGUUGAGUGUGAUGGUAGGAGGAGUGACAGAGCGAUUAGCACCAGACUCCAACUUUAUUUCAUGGGACAAUGUGACCAACAAGAGUGAAGUCGACAUUGUCACACGGGACGCAGAGAGGGUCAAAGUGGCUGCAGCCGUCACCUUCUUGUCUGGAUUAUUUCAGAUUCUGCUCGGUCUCGUGCAGUUUGGUUUUGUUGUGACCUACCUGUCUGAGCCGCUGGUCCGAGGUUACACCACGGGAGCAGCCAUCCACGUCAUCGUGUCCCAGCUCAAAUACAUCUUUGGCAUCAAACCCGAGAGACACAGUGGACCCCUCUCAUUGAUAUAUACUGUGUUGGAAAUUUGCUAUCUCCUUCCAAAGACAAACAUUGGUACUCUGGUGGUCAGUAUCGUCGCUUUAAUCGGCCUCGUCCUCGUUAAGGAGCUCAACUCAUACUUGAGUAAGAAACUACCUGUUCCUAUACCCGUGGAACUGCUUGGUAUUAUAAUUGCUACAGUCAUCUCCUGGCAAGUUAAUUUGGCGGACCAGUAUGGAGUGGAUGUGGUGGGACUGAUUCCCUCAGGCCUCCAGCCGCCUGUUCUCCCAGACGCCUCUCUGUUUGGUCAGGUGAUCGGCGAUGCCUUCGCUCUGGCUGUUGUCGGCUACGGCAUCGCCAUCUCACUGGGACGAAUCUUUGCGCUAAAGUAUGGAUACAAAGUGGACAGCAACCAGGAACUGAUCGCUCUGGGUCUGAGUAACUCCAUCGGAGGAGUCUUCCAGUGUUUUGCCAUCAGCUGCUCCAUGUCUCGCAGUAUGGUUCAGGAGAGCACAGGCGGGAAGACUCAGGUUGCUGGUGCUCUAUCAGCAAUAGUUAUCCUCUUCAUCACGCUCUGGAUUGGAACUCUCUUUGCAGAUUUGCCAAAGGCAGUGCUGGCCGCCAUCAUCUUUGUCAACCUCCAGGGCAUGAUGAAGCAAUUCAUGGACAUCCGUUUACUGUGGAGGAGCAACAAAGUAGACAUGCUGAUCUGGGUGGCCACCUUCAUCCUCACCUUGCUAUUAAACCCUGACCUGGGACUGGCUGCCUCCAUUGGUUUCUCCAUGCUCACCGUCAUCUUCAGGACACAGCUACCUAAAUACUCCAAAUUAGGGCAGGUCCCAGACACUGAUAUUUACAGGCCACUGGAAGACUACGAUGAGCUGAAGCCAGUGCCCGGGAUUCUGAUCUUCCGUUCCUCUGCCACCCUCUACUUUGCCAAUGCUGAGAUGUACCAGGAAGCACUUGGAGAGAAGUCGGGCAUCGACAUUACCAAACUCCUGUCAGCGAAGAAGAAACUAGAGGCCAAAAAGAAGAGGCAUGAGGAGAAAAAUGCCAAAAAAGCUGCAAAGAUGAGCGCCAUGAACCUGGAGGGGGGGCCAAAGGGGGAAAGCCAGAAUGACCUUGCUAUUAUUGAGGUGGAUGCAGAGCCCGACCCCUCACUCCUCACAGCCAUCAUCCUCGACCUCAGCCCAGUCAACUUCUUGGAUACUGUGGGAGUCAAGACGCUACGCAGCAUCCGGAGGGACUAUGGAGAAGUUUGCAUAGAGGUCGUUCUCUCUGGCUGCUCGAGUGGUGUCAUGAACAACUUGCAGACUGGAGGUUUCUUUAACGCCGAGGUGACCAAGUCCUGUCUCUUCUCCACCGUCCAUGACGCCGUUCUGCACUGUCAGUCUGUCCAAAGGCACAGCCAAGAAAAGGACGACAAAGUGACACAAUUUUGAGUCCGGAGAAGAGUGAUGGAGAACGAGAGGAAGACAUGAGGAUUAUAUCCAGUGAGCUUCUGAUUUCGGGGACUGCCUUCUGUCACAAGCACAGAAACUCAAACAUGCAGACAAACGCUCAUCGUUACAAACAAAUGGACACAAAAUAGUACACAUCCAGAGUGCUACAGUCCUACAAAGCCUUGCUGGAGGAGUUUACAAAUCCAAACAACACAGAUGUGUAGUUAGAGCAAAUGAAUACAGACUGAUGUUUUUCUGCGACGCAUUCAGGCAUCGAAAAGGAAUCUAUUCGAUUGCUUUUAAUCGGUAAAAUACACCAAUUAUGGAUGGUGCAUUCACAAAAAUAAAAAAAUCACCCAAUUUAAA